ACCUUAGUGUUUUGUAACCAGUACUAAGCGGCUUAUAUCGUUAUGCUCAUGGUUCUACCAAAAUAAAAAAUGUAAAAAUAUAGAAACGUAAAUGUCAAUUCUGGGGUUAUGAAGUCACGGAAACGAGACAGAAGUCCGAGUCAGGACUGUGAUGACUGCCUGCCAAUUUCAAAACGAAUAAACAGGCUAAAUAUCCAAGCCUGUGGCAGAAACAGUGCAGAAGAUCAAGACAGAUGUGUUACACCUGAGGUUCAACCAUCCGGAAGUGGUUUUAACAGCACUCAGACAUCACCAUGGCAACAUACUGAAUCUCAAAACUGUUCUACCCAGACUGUAAACAACAACAUGAAUUACCUCCCCUGUGGCUCUAGUCAGUGUGACAAUACGCAUCAAGAAACUGCGUUACAAAGUGUACAGACCGGCAGUGUUCAAGCAUAUGCCAUACAUCAUGGAAUUCCCUCUGAAGAUUUCCGUGGAUACAAACCAGAAUUGACAGAGAUUGAAAACCCUUAUUAUUACCAUAUUAAUAGUGUUUUGUACAUGGCGCACAUAGAAAAAGCAAGUCGUGAUGGAUUGGAUUUAAAGAAGUAAUUUUGUUGUGUUUGUGAUGCUGUUGCCAUGAAUUAUAUGGGAGCAGCUAGUGUGUGUUACAAAAUGUAGUAUAUGUUGAAUGCUUUUGUUUUGUACUUCUGGAAUGUUGUUCUAUUUUGUCUACCAUUGAUGCGGUAUUUAUGUAGGUUAUUAUUGUUUCCGGCUUAUCAUGUAUUAAUAGGAUUUAUUUAUAGAAAUAUUGUUCACAUUAAAGCUCAUAACACUAA